GUUUUUUUUGCGUAGCAAAACAAAUGGAUAAUAUUUCAAUAAAGCUAUUGGACACAUUCACGGUGAAAAACAUUUAAAUAAAAUGUCCACCGAGGAACUAAAAGAACGUGAAUAUGGUGCCGCAUUGGAGGACGAAGAAAAUCCAUAUGCGAUUGGCGGCAACCCGCCACGAACGCCGGUAGAUGAUGCGUCGGCCGAGCUGAAUGCCAGCCUGGACAUCAGCGGCUCUACGGAGCCCUCAGACGGGGAUGAGGGCUGGGCAGAUCGGUCGCAUGAAACGAGUGCCACAUUGGAGCAAUGUGAUACAACAGUCGAAACGGUGCCGGUGCCGGUGGCGAUGCCAAUGCCGGUUGCGAUGCCGGUGGAAAUGCCGGUGGAGAUGCCGGUGCCGGUGGCGAUGCCGAUGCCGAUGCCGCCUCGACCUCAAACAUACUUGGGCGCUCACCAUAGUCCCGUGUCGGAGGAGGAGGAGGAGAACAGCAGCGCCAGUAGUUCAAGCAGCGGCGAGCAAAGCGGCGAGUCGGCCGCAGCACGUUCCGACGAGGCUAGCGAUGACUCGGACGAUGAGGGCUCGCCCACCACAGUGGUCGAUGUCAGCGACUUGACCGGCAACGAUGACUACAGCUGCGGUCCAACUGCUGAAAAUGCGGAAAACGCUGCCGCAUCCGGUACGGAGACAGCCGUUACUGCCAUCGGCACAGAUGCUGAGCAGGUGGCAACGGAAACCUUGCCUGAGAUGGGAGUGCCAAUGGAGGUUGAGGGGCAGCCAAUAACAGAGAUGGAAGCGGAAGCGGAUGCAGAAAUGGCAACGGCAACGGGGAACGAGGCAGUGGACGUAGCGGAAAUGCAGAUCGAAGGUGAAGUGGAAGCGGAAACGGAAAUGGUUGCGCCAACGGAAGUGCCCGAAACGCCCGAAUCGCCAACAGACGAUGGCGAAGAGCCCAUCGAUCUGCUGCCGCCCUACAAGCGCGGACGCUACAUAUCCGUGCACGCCGACGAUCACCAACGACUGUCCGCAGAACUGGCCCAACAACAGCAACUGCAACAACAACAGCAACAGCAACAACAACAGCAACAACUGCAACAACAACAGCAACAACUGCAACAACAGCAACAACAAGAGCAACAACGACAGCAACAACUACAGCAACAACUACAGCAACAACUCUAUCAACAAAAACUGAAGCAACAGCAACAACAGCAACAACAACAGCAACAAAGAAUGCAACAACUACAGCAGCAAAAACUGCAACAACUGCAACAACAGCAACUACGGCACCAACAACAACAACAACUGCUACAACAGCAACAACAACAACGACAACAACAACGACAACAACAACGGCUGCCGGGGCAGAUGCGGCCGCCCCUGCUACUAGAUGAAUUCGAAAGCAUCUCGAGCAGCAGCGAUGAGGACAACAGCAGCGUUGAUAGCGAUGAUGAAGAGGAUGAGGAGGACGACAGCGACGAUAAUGAUGAGGACGUCGACGACGACGACGAUGACGAUGACGACGACGAUGACGAUGACGAUGAUGAUGACGAUGACGACGACGAUGAUGAUGAUGAUGACGACGACGACAGCAGCAGCAGCGACGAGAGCGAUGAUGAUGAUGUCAUAUUGGUGGAGCAGGAUAGUACAUCGGGCGAAACGUUAACCGCAACGGAGACAACCGAUGACGGUGAGCCCUCGAUAAAUAAAAUCGAUAUCAGCGACAAUCCGGAAAAGAUCUACUAUAUAAGGCGCGCCGAUGGCACCGUGCACGCCGGCCAGGUGCUGCAGUCGCGCGCCACCGACAACUGCGACAGCCCCAACGAGUAUUAUGUGCACUAUGUGGGCCUGAAUCGACGCCUGGACGAAUGGGUUGGCCGGCAUCGCAUAUCGGACAAUGCUGAAGAUUUGGGCGGCAUAACGGUGACCAGCGAUCCGGCCGAGUUAUUGGUCUGCGAUCAGCCCAGUACCAGUGCCAGUGCCCUUGCCAUUGCCAAUGCCAAUGCCCUUGCCAUUGCCAAUGCCAAUGCCAUUGCCAGCGCCAGCGCCAGUACGAGCGCCAGUACGAGCGCCAGUACGAGCGCCAGCGCCAGUGCCAGCGCGAGCAGCAGCAGCGCCACCAGCCAACAGAGCAGCGGCAGCAUGAUGCGACGCAAACGACAAGGGCACAAGGAUUAUUAUCUGUCCGCAUGCGAGAACAAUGGGUACGAUUACAGCGACCGGAAGAUGACGCGCUACCAGAAGCGGCGAUACGAUGAGAUUAACCAUGUGCAGAAGAGCCAUGCGGAGCUGAGCGCCUCGCAGGCGGCGCUCGAGAAGGAGCACGAGUUCAUCACGAAAAUCAAAUACAUUGAUAAGCUACAAUUUGGCAAUUAUGAAAUAGACACCUGGUACUUCAGUCCCUUUCCGGGUGAGUACGGCAAGGCGCGCAUCCUGUACGUGUGCGAGUAUUGCCUGAAAUAUAUGCGACUGGACAAGAGCUACAAAUAUCAUAUGGAAGAGUGCAAGGCGCGCAGGCCGCCUGGCAAGGAGAUCUAUCGCAAGAGCACAAUCUCCAUAUUCGAGGUGAACGGCAAGGAUCAGCCGCUCUAUUGCCAGCUGUUGUGCCUGAUGGCCAAACUGUUUCUGGACCACAAGGUGCUCUAUUUCGAUAUGGAUCCAUUCUAUUUCUAUGUGCUCUGCGAGACCGACAAGAUGGGCAGCCACAUUGUUGGCUAUUUCUCCAAGGAGAAGCGAUCCCUCGAGAACAAUAAUGUGGCCUGUAUUCUGGUGCUGCCGCCGCAUCAGCGCAAGGGCUAUGGCAAGCUGUUGAUUGCCUUCAGCUAUGAGCUGUCGCGCAAAGAGGGCGUCAUUGGCAGCCCGGAGAAGCCGCUCUCCGAUCUCGGACGGCUCAGUUAUCGCAGCUAUUGGGCCUAUACGCUGCUGGAGCUGAUGAAGGGCCGCUGCUCGGCGGAACAGACGAGCAUAGCGGAGUUGAGCGAAGCCAGCGGCAUUACGCCUGACGACAUCAUCUAUACCCUGCAAUCCAUGAAGAUGAUCAAAUACUGGAAGGGCCAGAAUGUUAUCUGUGUGACAGCCAAGACCAUCAACGAUCAUCUGCAGCUGCCCCAGUUUAAGCGACCCAAGCUGACCAUCGAUUUGAAUUUUCUCAACUGGAAGCCACAUGCGCCUCUUCCGCCGCUCCAGCGGCUCCAAUAGCUAGACGGCAGCAGUUAUUUUUAAAUUUAUAUAUACCGUUUUUUUUUUGUUUUUUUUUUUUUUUUGCAUUGCCAAAAUAUCGCGUGUUAUCCCCGAUAUGAUCAUGAUAUGAAAGUACUAUUGUAGACAAUUUAAUGCUUAAGUAAUUUUUUUUUAAAACAAAUUUUUUUUUUUUGUAGUCUUUACAUUAAUUGAGGUUAACAAGCAUGAAAAACCAAAACUUCUUAUAGAGUGUUGAUUUGACGUAUAUAUGGAAAUCACGAUUAUGGUAAAUUAGUUUUGAAUCCGAAUCGAUUUUUCGCAAUUAAUAAAAAUAAUAAAAACAGCAAA